AUGUUGCAAGAACUUCCAUUAGAGAUAAUCGAGAGAAUAGGAUUCUCCUUGGAUCAGAAUGAUAUCAUAUCGUUGAUGUUGACCAACUCCACGUUUCAUAAUUUGUUGCAACCGUUGCUUUACUCGGUCAUCAAUAUUGACGCCACACCAAAAUUUUUCCAUGAUCAUGACACGCCUGGGUUGAAGGAGUUUUUCUAUCAAUAUAAUGUAUAUAAGCUCGAUCAGUAUAAUUUUGCCAAAGCAGUCACCAUAAGAACUACGUUUCAACUCAAGUUGUUCUUCAAGAAAGUUGCAAAGUAUGCCCACCACGUGAGAAAGUUUAUGUGCAUGCAACUACCGGAUAUCCCUGAUUUGGAAGUUGUUGAUUAUUUGCAACUCGUGUUGCCAAUGAUGAAACAACUCGAGCUGUUUUACUGGGAUCAUAAUUAUGCUAUACCGGCUACACUUCUAAGAGGUAAUCUGCAACUUCGUCAAGUGCAAGGUUAUAUUGAGGGAAUCACAUGGCUGCCGGUGUUGAAAGAAGGCGUGUUUACAAAUACUGAAGGUGAUGUUCCCAUGAACCUAUCCACCUUGUGUUUAAGAAAUGCUGAUCUAACCAAUUUUACAUACGAUUACAGUCAAACAAAGUCGCUAACUAUAGAGAAUUGCACAUACAAGAGAAACUAUUUGCUUUGUCAAGAUUUUUCAGGCUUGAGGCAUCUCACUAUUGAUAUGGAGAGUGAUAGUAGUAUACCUACACUUUUAUCGAGACUUCAACUAGAAUCUUUGGAGGUCAAAAACAUAGCAAGCACCAACAGAUUAUUGGAUUUGUUGGCAAGUGAGAAGUUGUACUCGUUGCAGAUAAUGCCAGCUCUAGAAGUACAUGACAUGAAACAGUUGACUAGGUUUACAAACUUGAAGUAUCUUGAGUUGUCGAUUUUGGAAAAAGAUUUGCUUGAACUUCUUCGUUUCCUCACCACAUCUCCACCACUGCUACUACUACUACAACAGCAGCAGCAGCAGCAGCAACAACAGCAGCAGCAAAAACUCGAAUUUAUUUCAUUCAAUGUAUUGGAGCCUUCCGAGAGAAAUAAUAGUCUUAUUGCAGAGGAGUACUGGCAGUGUUCUAGGACUUCGAUCAAUAUCGUUGAUCAAAACAGACAAAAGUAUCAAGAUUUUGCGUUGGAGUACCAUAGAAAAUUGAAUGAUUUGAGAUGGGUCAUGUUUAAUGGAAAUGGUAAGAAGUACAUGUUUGAAUUCGAUGCCGAAAAGUCGGUAAUUUAUAGAGAUGGAUUGGAAAGUUACUUUUCCAGACUUGUAAAUACACUAAUAUAA